CAUCAUUCGUCCGAAAGUCAUCAGUCGUCUGAAAGUGAUGAGUCAUCGGACGCUAGCGAUUACGAGCCAGUGCAUCCGGAUUGGUUGGCUCCGAUAGUAAAUUCAAACUUAACAAAACAACAACAAGAAGAUGAAAUGCUAAAAAUAGCUAAGGAGCACGGUGGUGAAAUAGAGGCCAUAUUCAUCGAUAAUUUACAGAAACUGAGUUGUUUGAUUGUUAGACAACAUAUCAGCGCCACCAGAUGGCAAAAAGUCACUAGUUUGUCCGUAUAA